AUGGCGAACUCGAAAGAGAACACUCCCACCGGGAGCCCGUCUCCCUCAGAAGAAAACUUAAGCGACAAGAUCCGUCUCGCCGCGAAGAUCGACUUCGCCGCAACGAUCUCCUCCGCCAAGAAAGGACGAGAGCCCCCUCCGUCCGCACCACGCCGCUCGAGAAAAUCUUCCUCGAGCGACAAACCCCGCAGCUCGAAGAAAUCCUCCUCGAGCGAGAAGAUCCUCAAACUCAUGGAGAAUCUCGUCAAGCCACUCGCCGACGGUUUCGAGUCAAUGCGAGCACAGCAGAAAAAGACUCAGGAACAGGCGACUUACCACCAAGAGCUUGAACGGGUGAAUCGUCGCCUCGACGAGGUCGAUUCGAAAGUUCAUCGCGCCACCAGCUCAGCUCCGGAAUUGACGAAAGCACUCGCCGACACCCGAAGAAGCCCGCUCACCCGCAGGCUCCGCCAGAUUGAGCUACACGAAAGAGUUCGACUCAAAAUCGACUCUUACACCGGCGAAGAAGACCCCAAGAAGUGGCUAACCGCGUUCAACCUCGCCAUGAGGAGGGAGAAAUACAAAUCUUACGAUGAAAGGGAGGCCAACUACUGUCAAGUAUUCGUCGAGCACAUGGCGAAAGAUGCCUUGACCUGGUUCUCUAACCUCCCCGCCGAGUCGAUCGAUAACUUCGACGACCUAACCAAUGCUUUUCUGAAGCAUUACUCCAUGCACAUGACCCGAAUCACUCGGAACAUGUUCACCACAACGCAAACCCAAGGCGAACCAUUGCGCAGCUUUAUGGAAAGGUUCAAACAAGCAGCUCGCGACACUGGCGACAUGCCCGAUAGCGUCCCGCUAGAAGCACUCCGCAACGGCCUCUGGUACGACUCCAAGUUCAAGGAGGAUUUGUCACUAAAACCCCCUGCGACUCUGGAGGACGCGUUCCACCGCUCUCGGAACUACAUCUUCCUCGAGGAAGACCAGCGCUUCUACGCCGAGAAACAUGGAGAUAGGAGGGCAACCUCGACGAAACCCAGAGAGGAACCCAUGGAGGCGCGAAGAAGACACGAUCCGAAGAGGUCUCUCCUCACAGCGUUCGCAGCAGCCGACGACGAGUUCGAGCAAGAACACGCAGCGGCCGUUUCGAUGCCACAAGACAUCAACUCGCUCGGAGAUGACAACGAUACCAAAGCUUUCUGCAAGUUCCACGGGAGAACUGGCCACGCCACUGAAAACUGCAAACACCUAAUGAGCAACCUCAUGCGCAUGUACCAUCGAGGAGAAAUCCCGCCAAUGGACGGUGAUAGAAAAGGCGGAAGCCCGCUUGGGAAAAGGAAUCGUGAUGACCACGACGACCUACCUCCGCCACCGAAGCGACAAGUCAGCAUGAUCAUGGGAGGCUUCCUGGAUAACGACGAUUCCAUAUCGGCGAUCAAGGAAUACGAACGAAAGGCCGUCGCGGCACAACGCUACCCGUAUAUCCAUAAAGGGAUCCCUACCAUCUCCUUUACGGAUAAGGAUGCGAGCGGGCUGGACAUCCCUCACCUUGACCCACUCGAAGGAUCUAUCAAACCUACAUCCCGUCCCCUCACCGGUUUCACCGCCGAGCAUGUUUACAGCUGUGGCACAGUCCGGCUCCCCGUUUAUGUCGGCGGAAUUUCAAAGCUCUUGAAGUUCAUCGUCAUGGACAAACCGGCCAUCUAUAACGCUAUCCUCGGCACCCCAUGGCUCCAUGAAAUGAAAGCUGUCAUCUCGACGUUCCACCAAUGCGUGAAGUUUCCGAUACCCUCUGGAAUUUUCACCUUACGUGGAGAUCAAAGAGUGACGAGAUCAUGUUUCCUUCGCGAGCGCAAGCUCCGCACCGCGUCGUCCUGUAUGAUAACCGAGCCAGUAUCGGACGACGAAACCAACGAGUCCAACGCAAUAAAACGAGCCGCGCAACGCAGAAUGCAGAUCCCCCGAUCCAUCGGCAAAGGAACUCCGAGCCCGCCUGGAAAUCCGACUUAA